AUGAGUUCCGAAAAGUUUGAGGCGGCCAUGGAUUUGCUACGUAGGCUUGACCCUACAAAAGUUGAGAAACAUUUGACGCAGCUAAUCAAAUUGGAACCUGAAUUAGCUGAAGAUCUUUUGGCGUCCGUCGACGUCCCACUUCAAGUCAAAAAAGAUCCCAAUGCAUCUCAUCGAGAGUUUUUGUGCUGCGAUUAUAAUCGAGACAUCGAUUCGCAUCGUUCCCCGUGGACCAAUGUAUACGUGCCGUCAUUAGAACCGGAAGACGCAGAAGAAUCCCCUUUCCCAUCGGAAAAAACCAGGCAACUUGAAAUACUAGCCAAUGACUCCUUUGAUAUUUAUAGAGACUUAUACUACGAAGGUGGUGUUUCGUCUGUGUAUCUUUGGGAUCUCGACGACGCGACCGACGAUUUCGCCGGUGUGAUAUUGUUGAAAAAGAGUGAAAAUAGCAGAAGCUCGUGGGAUGCAAUUCAUGUCUUGGAAGUUCUGAAUAACGGAAAUAAAGCAGAAUAUCGCAUCACCACCACGAUUAUCCUGCAUUUGAAUUCGGGGUCUCAGAAAACAACGCUGUCUGGGAAUUUGACAAGACAAACCGAAAAGACAUAUGAACUUCCCACUGGAGUGCCUCAUGGAAAGCUGCAGGUUUGGCACACUUCGAACCUGGGCUCCAUGAUCGAGGACGUGGAAAGCCAGAUGAGAAACAUACUAGAGGUUGUCUACUUCGAUAAGACUAGAGACAUCUACCAUGAAUUAAGAGACGGCAGCUUUUCGGCCACCAACAGCAAUAGAGCUGCGCAUGAACAAGUCAUCAAGGGCUUGCAAGGAAUGUGA